AAUUGUGAUACUGUGAUAGUAUAGAUGGCAUUGACUUGUUUUUCGAGAAGUUAUGAUUUUUUAGGUUAGAUCUAAUAUGUUUGUAAUUUUUCGCGGGAAUAGGGGUCUUUUUCGUUGUACAAUGUCACAGAAAAAUAUAUUAUCCUUCUUUGCUAAGAAGACCGUCCAAAAUACUACUAAGGCAUGUACAGAAAAUGCAAACAUCGCAAAAGAAGCAAAAAACAGCCCUGAUAAAAAACCAAUUGAAAAGACAGAAAAAACGUUUAUUGAUGAUUCUCCUGUGAAGGCUGUUGCAAAACGAAAGCGUGCUGCUAUCAUAGAAAGUGACAGUGAACCUGAAGACUCGAAAAGUAGCCUGAAAAAAGCAAGUCCAAAAAACGAGGAGAAGAAAGCCAAGGUUGAAAAUGGCAAUAUUGAAGAGAGUAAAUCCGAGAUUCGCUCUUCUAAAGCAUCCAAAAAGGAAGAAAGUGAUGACGAAGUUCAGGAGAAAUCACAAAAAUCUGAUGAAUCAGACUCCGGAGAAAGUGAUGAACCAGUAAAGAAAACCAGUAAAAAGAAAACAGUCACGAAGAAAUCUGGCCGUAAAAGAAUACAAAUAGAAUCAGAUUCAGAAUCAGCUUCCAGUCCCGAGAAACAAAAUGCUAGUAAACGAACAUCCAAUUCUAAAAAAGCAAAAUCUGAAGUAAGUCCAAAAAAGCCAAGCCCAAAGACUAGCCCGUCCAAGUCUGAAAGUGAUAAUUCAACUGUACGCAGAUCUCUCUCGGACUUUUUCGCGCCUAGAAAAUCGUACGACCAUAUGAAAAGCAACCACACAGAGAGCACCGUGGAAAAGACUUCUGUAAAAGAAGAACCUUCUACAAAAAAUGUUGAUGUGAAAGAAGAUACGGUUGAAGAAGAAAGCUCUACAAAAGAAGAGAGUACAAUCAAAAAAGAAAAAUCCACAAAAGAGUCAUCCAAAGAUUCAAAAUCACAAACUAAACUGAAAUCCAAGGAUGAUAAAAAGGUUAAAAGUGAAGAAAACAAAACAAAAAAGGGAAAAGGUAAAAAUAUUAAGAAAGAAGUAACUGUAGACAAGGAAAGCGAUUCAGAAAAUAAAUCACCAGGAAAACGUUCCGAUGAAGAAGCUGCAGAAGUGAAUGAGGAUCCGAAAAAGAAAUCAUUCCAGUUUCCGAGCACUACUCGUCUUCCAAAUAGUUCCAAGUCCAAGAAAGAUAAGGAGGACACUAAGAAGGAAGACGAAAAGAAGACAGGAACGAAAAGUAUAAUCGACAAAUGUGCUGUGGUGGGUGGCGAUUACAAUCCAGCCAAAUCAAAGUAUCAUCCCAUCGACGAUGCUUUCUGGAAACAUGGAGAAAAGGUGCCUUACCUGGCCCUUGCUCGUACCAUGGAGAUCAUAGAAUCAGUGAGCGCUAGACUGAAAAUAAUCGAAAUAUUGUCCAACUAUUUUCGGUCAGUGAUCGUGCUAAGUCCAAGCAAUCUUCUGCCUUCCGUCUACCUCUGCCUCAAUAAGCUGGCACCGGCCUAUCUGAGUAUAGAACUUGGAAUCGCCGAAACAUCUUUGAUGAAGGCAAUAGCUCAAAGCACGGGGAGAACUUUGGCUCAAAUAAAAGCUGACGUUGCAAAUACAGGCGAUUUGGGAAUAGUUGCUGAGCAGAGCAGAUCCAAUCAGCGCAUGAUGUUCAGACCAGCUCCUCUCACCGUCCCCUUUGUCUUCGACAAACUCAAGGACAUCGCUCAGAUGUCAGGGCAGGCUGCAAUGAGCAAGAAAGUUGACAAGAUACAAUCGCUGUUCGUCGCUUGCCGGAUGUCGGAAGCUCGCUUCUUAAUACGAUCGCUGGCUGGCAAACUCAGAAUUGGAUUAGCAGAGCAGUCGGUUCUUCAGGCUUUAGCUCAAGCAUGUGCUACUACACCUCCAGUCCAAGACUUUCCUCCAAAGAUAUUGGACGCUUCCAGUGGGUUGUCGUCGGAAAAGUUCAAAAGCAAAGUGGACGAAGAUGCAUUAAUAAUAAAAACCACCUACUGCGAAUGUCCCAACUACGACAUGAUAAUGCCAAUCAUCCUCGAGAAGGGUGUCAAGGCGCUGCCGGAACAUUGCAAGCUAACACCUGGAAUUCCAUUGAAACCCAUGUUGGCGCAUCCCACAAAGGGUGUCCACGAAGUAUUCCACCGGUUCGACAACCUGAAAUUCACUUGUGAGUGGAAGUACGAUGGUGAGAGAGCUCAAAUUCACCUCUCCGAAGAUGGGAAGAUCAACAUCUACAGUCGUAACCUGGAGGAUAACACCUCGAAAUACCCAGACAUCAUCUCCAGAGUACCCAACUGUCUUGGAACCGAUGUGAAAUCCUGCAUAAUUGAUUCAGAGGCUGUAGCUUAUGACACCCAAUUGAAGAAAAUCAUGCCGUUCCAGAUUCUUUCGACUAGGAAACGAAAGGAUGCCAACGAGAGUGAUAUUAAAGUGCAGGUGAUUGUGUUUAUGUUCGACCUGCUGUAUUUGAAUGGCAGAUCGCUGGUGAAGGAAACUCUCCAAGAGCGGAGGAGGCUGCUCAAGGAAAACUUCAAGCAAGUUGAACAACAGUUCUCAUUCGCUACCAGCUUGGACUCGUCCACUAUGGAGGAAGUGCAAGAGUUCUUGGAAGAAUCUGUCAAGGGUAACUGUGAAGGCCUAAUGGUUAAAACGUUGGAAGAGGAAGCCACUUACGAAAUAGCGAAACGCUCGAGGAAUUGGCUGAAACUGAAGAAGGAUUACUUGGAUGGUGUGGGAGAUACGUUGGACGUGGUGGUGAUUGGUGGCUAUUUGGGCAAGGGAAAGCGAGCUGGCCUCUAUGGAGGAUUCCUAUUAGCUUGCUAUGAUCCAGCCAGCGAACAGUACCAAAGCAUUUGCAAGAUUGGAACAGGAUUCAGCGACGAAGACUUUCAGAAGCACUCGGAAUUCCUGAAAGAGCAUAUUAUACCAAAGCCCAAGUCGUAUUACAGCUAUGAUAGCUCCCAUGAACCUGACCACUGGUUCGACGCUGUGCAAGUUUGGGAAAUCAAAUGUGCCGACCUCUCGUUAUCGCCCGUUCAUCAAGCUGCUAUUGGAAUUGUUGAUCCAGAAAAAGGCAUAUCGUUGAGGUUUCCUAGAUUUCUACGCAUUAGAGAUGACAAAUCUGUUGAAAAUGCUACAUCUGCUAGACAGGUGGCUGAUAUGUACCUUAAUCAAGACCAGAUAAAGAAUCAAGAAUCUGACAAAAAUAAAAUUGCUGAGGAGGAUUUCUACUGAUUCGUUUCUACUUGUAAUCAAAUGAAAAUUGUAUAUUAAUCCAGUUGACUCUAUAAAAGAGUGUUAUCUCUGUAAAAUAUUAUCAUUACUCUAAGUAAACAUUAUAUUAAUAAAAAAAAUUAAAUACA